AUCAGUGGAAGAGGAGAGCAAAGGAAGCCUGAAUAUUUUCAGAGCAGAUUGGCUUGAGCUGCUUCAAAGCUAACAGCUCCCCUGUCAGCUUCGACUCUUCUGAUCCAGAUACCAGGAAAGGUAAAUAGCACAAUGAAGAUUGCAGUGCUUUGUUUGUGCCUCAUCGGCAUUGCCUUUGCAUUACCAGUGAGUAAAUCUAAGCACCAGCCUGAUUCAAGGAGCUCUGAAGAAAGAGAUGAUUCCAGAAGCCAUCAUCAUCACAGGCAUCACCACCGUGUGCAAAUUGAGUCACGUGUGAGUCCACCACGGGCACAAGAAGUUCAUGUGCUACCUCAACAGACUUCUUUUUCUUCAGAAGAAAGUGUUGAGGUCCCUAAACGGCAGAUAUUUCAAGUAGCAAGUAGAAGUACGGAAAGUGAGGAUGAUGAUGAUUCCAAUGACACAGAUGAAUCAGACGAGGAUGCUGUCACUGACUUCCCCACUGAUUUCCCAGUCACUGAGACUUUCCCUCCUUUCCCCCCCACACGGGGAGACAAUUCAGGCAGAGGAGACAGUGUGGGCUACAGAAUGAGAGCCAAAGCAAAGUUGGUGAAGUCUAGCAGGCACUACCAAGCUACAGGAAAGUUCAUUGUACAUGAUGCCACUGAAGAGGACGACAGUACACCAGACGCAGAAAGCCAGCAGGUAGACUACUCCAAACCGCUCCCUGCUGCACACCUUGUUCCAGGAAAAUAUGACAUCAGUGUGGAGUGGGAUGACAAAAGCCACAUGAAGGAUAGCAAUGAGGUCACCAGCAGGUCACGUGAUGAUAGCCAUCAGAGACUCGAGAGCGUUGAGGUAGACAGAGAUGACAGCAAUCCUGAUGUCCCAGAAAACAGCCACAUGAGCAAUGAAAGCAGAGAACAGCAUCACACCCAAAUUUCAGCUAGUGUCCCUGAAACUGAUGCUGACAGCAACCAAACUGCUGAGAGUGUUGAAGAUAUUCAAGACCAUCACAGCCUUGAAGACAAUGAGGUCACUAUUUAAAGAAAAACAAAUAUAUAACUUUUUUUUUUACUUUGGUGAGGGGGAAACUUUCAUUUUAAGAAAUGUUUGCAAAUGUAAACCAAUUGUGAUUUUGAUUUCUAACUGUAGCAGAGGUUAGUGGUAACUGUAUUAACCAGGCAAACUCAAGUAUGCAAUAUUAGCUCUCCUUUUCAUUGCAGAAAUGUAAGCCCUCCUACUGCAUCUGUUACUGUUCUCUUUGAUUGUGAUUCCGUUAUGAAGAAAAAUAUGUAAAAGGAAGACGAAUAUAGUUUUACACACAAAGUGAAUGUUACCUUUUAUGAUACUGUACUUCAAUGGUUUUAAAAUUCCAGUGUAUAUUUUGUUGUAAUGUGUGAGUGAAAUAAAACCACAAAAUCCUGAACCUCUUCA